ACGGUGGACGGAGAAUAAGGCCGAAAACACUUCCGUAUAAAAAAGGCAAACUCUAGCUGCAAGUAAACAACAAGAGAGCAAGCAAGUAAGAAAGAAGAAGGGAGAUGGAGAUGGUGAUGGAAGAUGUGUGGUCUAAACUAGGGCCUUCCCUCGCAACCUUCAUGUUCAUCUGGACAUUGUGCGAGAAAUGCUUCCCAGAACGCCUCCGGGAAUAUUUCACUUCCCGCUGUAAAAAGAUGUACACCUUCUUCUUCAACCCAUACGUCCAAAUCACCUUCCAUGAGUUUGAAGCAGAGGAGCUCUUUGACAGGAGCAGAGUGUUCUUGGCUGUUGAGAGGUAUCUCGGCCACAUUUCCGCCAGGAAUGCCAACAGCUUCAUCGCGAAACCGGCGAAAGACAGCUGCCGGCCGGUGGUGCUCAGCAUGGGGAACCAGCAGGAGGUGGCGGACGUGUUCAACGGGGUGGUUAAGGUGUGGUGGAGCUCUGAACAGAUCACUUCCUCUCAACAGUCCUUCUCUUUCUUCUAUCCAAGGAACGACGAGAAACGGUGCUUCCACCUCAGGUUCCACGGCAAGGAUCGGGAUGUGGUCAUGGAAUCUUACCUCCGGCAUGUGUUGGCAGAGGGGGAGGCCAUUCAGGCGAGGGAAAGGAAGCUGAAGCUUUACACCAACAACAAGAGCGACGAGUGGCGGGGUUCCAGAUGGAGCCAUGUCAUCUUCAAGCAUCCUUCCAAUUUCGACACUCUCGCCAUGGACCCAACCCGGAAGCAAGAGAUCGUAGACGAGCUUCUCAACUUCAAGGACUCCAAGGAGUACUACGCCAAGGUAGGCAAGGCGUGGAAGCGCGGGUAUCUCCUCCACGGCCCUCCCGGAACAGGAAAGUCCAGCAUGAUCGCCGCCAUGGCCACUCUUCUGCAGUACGACGUGUAUGAUCUCGAGCUGACCGCCGUGAGGGACAACAACGAGCUGAGGAGGCUGCUUAUAGACACCGCGGGCAAGUCCAUCAUUGUGAUCGAAGACAUCGAUUGCUCGCUCGACCUGACUGGGCAGAGGGAGAAAAGUGAGGAGGAUGAAGAGGAGGAGAAAGAUCCAAUCAACAAGGAUUUAAUAAUCAACAACGGUGUGCAGAAGAAGGAGAAGAAGAAGAAGGAGAGUGAAGUGACUCUGUCGGGGCUUCUAAACGCCAUAGACGGGCUCUGGUCAGCUAUAGGAGAGGAAAGAAUCAUAAUCUUCACCACGAAUCACGUUGAGAAACUUGAUCCUGCGCUGAUAAGGAGGGGGAGGAUGGACCACCACAUUGAGAUGUCAUAUUGCUGCUUUGAGGCUUUCAAGGUGUUGGCAAAGAACUAUCUCGACAUUGGGGACGAUGAUUCUCACCCUCUGUUCCCAGAAAUCAGACGUUUGCUGGGGGAAACCAAAACAACCCCUGCCGACGUCGCGGAGAACAUGAUGCCCAAAUCUGCUCGGGAGAAAGCGGACGCGUGUCUCGAGAGAUUGGUUAAAGCACUGGAAACCGCAAAAGAAGAAGAGAAGAGAGCCAACACUGUCAAGGAAGAGGAAGCCCACUGCAAGAAGAAGAAACAAGAGGCCAAUGACCUGAAGAAAUCAGAGACCUGAGAUGGUGUGUAUGUUCACCAUACUCUUUUCUUUUUUCACUUAUGUUGUAGUGUUGUGUUUUUCUUUAAAAUUAUGAGUCCUCUUACGGUUUUCACUUGGACCGGCGAGAGAGUGACUUGGAAGUAGAUUAAUUGAGGUAUGACUCAGACUCAUAAAUAAGGAGUGAUGUA